GUGCUGUGAGCUGAGCUCCCAGAGCUGGCCGGUGGGGUGCUGGUCAGGGGAAGUCUCGGCACAGCGAGGAGUCUCCCUGCGGCUCUGAAGCCCCUAGAGAUCCUGUGGCCCAGAGAGGGGGCAUUCCAUGACUGAAAAUAUAGAUGAGCCCUGCAAGAUUUUGAGAACUGAAGAGGAACAUCCUGGUAGCUGGUUUUAGACUAGGCUCUGCCCACGGCUUGGGACCUCGGGAAAGUCACUUCCCCUUUCUGAGCCCUAGUAGUGCCUGCAGCAAAACAGGGGCUUUGAAAAACCAAUGGUUUUCCAACAUUUCCCCCAGAGCACUCCCCCUCAGUGGUGCGAGGUCCAGUGUCCUGCCCCCACGUGACACUGCGCUUUUAUCUGAUGUGAAUAUUGGCCACUGGGCAAGAUGUUGUGUAGAGAAAGGGUUGUGCUGUUAACACAAAUGUUUCAGACCAGCAGCUGUGGCCUAGCAGAGAUCAGGAAGUCCCAGAGGGACUGUUAGGGACAGUUACGGUCCCUGUUCCUCCCACAUGGGCCUCCCACCUCUGGCUCCCCUCUCCCCUCCUGGUGGGUGAGCUCCCACGGUGGGGGGGUCCUACUUGUACCCAGCUCCUAGACCUCUCUGGUCACAGACUCCACCUAGGGUACAGAGGUGCCUCUGACAUCUCUGUCCCCACAGAGUUUCCAGCCAGGAAGGAGCAGCCUCCUCCCCUAAGAUGACCUCGCCCUCCAGCCCUCCCACUUUCAGACUCGAGACUUCAGAUGGAGGCCAAGAAGAUGGGGCUCAGGUGGACAAAGGACAGCUGGGCGGUGGGGCGGGGCCACCCCCCAUGGAGUCACCGUUCCAGGGAGAGGACCGGAACUACUCCCCUCAGAUCAAAGUGAACCUCAACUUCAGAAAGGGGGCAAGUGCCAGCCAGCCAGACCCCAGCCGCUUUGACCGUGACCGGCUCUUCAGCGUGGUGGCUCGGGGGGUCCCUGAGGAGCUGGCUGGGCUACCAGAGUACCUGCGCCGGACCAGCAAGUACCUCACGGACUCAGAGUACACAGAGGGCUCCACGGGGAAGACUUGCCUGAUGAAGGCCGUGCUGAACCUCCGGGGCGGCGCCAACGCCUGCAUCCAGCCGCUGCUGCAGAUCGACCGGGACUCCGGCAACCCGCGGCCUCUGGUCAACGCCCAGUGCACGGACGAGUACUACCGAGGCCACAGCGCCCUGCACAUCGCCAUCGAGAAGAGGAGCCUGCCGUGCGUGAGGCUGCUGGUGGAGAACGGGGCGGACGUGCACGCCCGGGCCUGCGGCCGGUUCUUCCAGAAGAAGAGCCCCGAGACCUGCUUCUACUUCGGCGAGCUGCCCCUCUCUCUGGCCGCGUGCACCAAGCAAUGGGACGUGGUGACCUACCUCCUGGAGAACCCGCACCAGCCCGCCAGCCUGCAGGCCGCCGACUCGCUGGGUAACACGGUCCUGCACGCCUUGGUGAUGAUCGCGGACAACUCGGCCGAGAACAGCGCGCUGGUGACGCGCAUGUACGACCAGCUCCUCCAGGCUGGGGCCCGCCUCUGCCCGACGGUGAAGCUGGAGGACAUCCCCAACCUGCAGGGCCUCACGCCCCUGAAGCUGGCCGCCAAGGAGGGCAAAAUCGAGAUUUUCAGACACAUCCUGCAGCGGGAGUUCUUGGGGCCGAGCCAGUUCCUUUCCCGCAAGUUCACGGAGUGGUGCUACGGGCCUGUCCGGGUGUCGCUGUAUGACCUGGCCUCUGUGGACAGCUCGGAGGAGAACUCAGUGCUGGAGAUCAUCGUCUUUCACUGCAGGAGCCCGCACCGGCACCGAAUGGUGGUUUUGGAGCCGCUGAACAAACUGCUGCAGGCCAAGUGGAAUCUGCUCGUCCCCAGGUUCCUCUUCAACUUCCUGUGCUACCUGACCUACGUGUCCGUCUUCACUGCCAUCACCUACCACCAGCCCGCCCUGGGGAAGGACUCCCUCCCCCUGGAGGUGACUGCUGGGAACUCCAUGCUGCUGCUGGGCCACAUCCUGGUCCUGCUCGGGGGCGCCUACAUCCUCGUGGGCCAGCUCUGGUACUUCUGGAGGCGCCGUCUGUUCAUCUGGACCUCGUUCAUGGACAGCUACUUUGAAAUCCUCUUGUACGUGGGGCGCCUCGCUCCUCCUGCCCUGCCUCAGGCCUGGGAAAGGCCACGUGGCCGACAGCACCAGCCUGGUCCAGGCGCUGCUCGCCGUGCUGUCCCAGGGGCUGUGCUUCCUGGCCGUCGAGUGGUACCUGCCCCUGCUCGUGUCCUCGCUGGUGCUGGGCUGGCUGAACCUGCUGUACUACACGCGCGGCAUGCAGCACAUGGGCAUCUACAGCGUCAUGAUCCAGAAGGUCAUCCUGCGGGACCUGCUUCGCUUCCUUCUGGUCUACCUAGUCUUCCUUUUUGGCUUCGCUCGCUGGUGAGCCUGAGCCAGGAGGCCCAGGACCCCGGGGUCCCUGUAGGCUCCAACGCCACGGAGGCGGCGGGAAAGGAGGACAAGGAGGGCAGCACAGCCCCGUACAAGGGCGUCCUGGACGCCUCCCUGGAGCUGUUCAAGUUCACCAUCGGCAUGGGCGAGCUGGCCUUCCAGGAGCAGCUGCGCUUCCGCGGGGUGGUGCUGCUGCUGCUGCUGGCCUACGUGCUGCUCACCUACGUCCUGCUGCUCAACAUGCUCAUCGCCCUCAUGAGCGAGACCGUCAACAGCGUGGCCACUGACAGCUGGAGCAUCUGGAAGCUGCAGAAAGCCAUCUCUGUCCUGGAGAUGGAGAAUGGGUACUGGUGGUGCAGGAGGCGGAAGCAGCAGGCAGGUGUGAGGCUGACAGUCGGCACCAGGCCGGACGGUAGCCCUGAUGAGCGCUGGUGCUUCAGGGUGGAGGAAGUGAACUGGGCUGCCUGGGAGCAGACGCUGCCGACGGUGUGUGAAGAGCCCUCGGGGGCAGGCGGUCCUGGCGCCACGAAGAACCUGGCCCUGAACUCCCAGCACAGUGAGGACAGUGCCGUGGAGGACGACCACAUGCCCCUCCAGCCCCUGGAGUCCUGCUGAUGCAGCAGGAGACCAGCAGGACAGAGCCAGGAACCUUUCCAGCCCCACCUGCUGGCUCUGGGGCCCCAGGGAACUUCGGUGGCAAAAAUAAAUACAUAUUUUCUCAUGA